CGACGCACCGCUCGAGCAUCCACUGUGCUGCUCACCGCCUGAGGAGGAAUGAAACAGAGCUGCUCCAAAGUCUGUCCAGAUGUGGUUAUCAGUUAAUAGUUCUGUAGACUCGUUUCGGACUUUGUAUGUGGAAAAACUCUGACUUGAAUCGUCACUCAGAGACAAACUGUGCGCCCAAAUGAGACAAAAGUUUUUUAUUGAUUAAACUGGUCUUUUAUGGAGCAAUACUCUGUGUUUCCUCACACGAAGGACGUCUGGCGAGUUGGGCGUUUGUUUCCUCCUCCUGAACAGCUGAGAGUCUCUCAGUGAGCCUGUGAGUGACGUGUGGCCGUUAGUCGUGUGAGUGUGCCUGUGCCUCUGAGUCACUGCGGAGCGGAGCGGUGAUGUUCGUGUGGAGACGGGCAGCCCUCACUGCGGGACCCUGAGCACCAGGACUAGCAGCUGAACUCCGAGCGGCAUCGCUCGUGUACGUGGGGCUAAAGCCCCCAACGCCUCGCUCUCUUCGGCGCAGAUGUGACGGACACAGACUAAUGCGAAGCUGGGAAAAUUAUUCGGUCGACAGACGAAGCAGACUUUUUCGAGCACGGUUGGAAACGGAGUGACUUCAGCACCUUUGAUGACUUCAGUUCGCACACCUGUGAAGGUUUCUACUUCCUGUGCCAUAGUCACACCAUGCCUGAGGGAGCGGGCCGUGAUAACCAGAAGAAGUCCAGCAACCAAGCUGCUAAGCGGCCCUCCUCUGUCUCCUCUCUGAGCGGGAUCGUGAGUCGGAUGGCCUCAUCAGGGGGUGCGUCCCGCGGGAGCUGCACUUCCGUCAACACCGUGUGCUCAGACAGCGACCGGGCGGCCAGCCUCAGCUCCUCAGCCUCCUCCGCCUCGCUACAAGACGCUCACUCCUCCUCCUCCUCUUCCUCACUGCCCUAUGGAGCCGUGCCAACCUACUCCUGCCCCAAGCGUCAGGGCUCCGACAUCAGUCUGGACCUCACCCCACUGUCCCUGCUGCCCGGAGCCAUGCCCUCCACACCGCUGCCCAAGCUGUCUCGCCUGCAGAGGGUGGCGCUGGAGAUUGUUGAGACAGAGCAGGCCUACGUGAGGGACCUGAAGAGCAUAGUGGAGGACUAUCUGGGGUGCAUCAUUGACUGUGGAGACCUGCCACUCAAACCGGAAGAGGUUAGCACCCUCUUCUGCAACAUAGAGGACAUAUAUGAGUUCAACAGUGAGCUUUUGGAAGACCUGGAACGCAGCCAUCAUGCAGCAGCUAUAGCAGAGUGCUUUGUGGAGAGGAGUGAAGCCUUUGACAUUUACACUAUUUACUGCAUGAACUAUCCCAACUCCGUGGCCGUCCUCAGGGACUGCAUGAAGAAUGAAUGCCUGGUGCGUUUCUUCCAGGAGAGGCAGGCCACCCUCUGCCACUCGCUGCCCCUGGAGACCUACCUGCUGAAGCCUGUGCAGAGGAUCCUGAAAUACCACCUCCUGCUGCAGGAGUUGUCCAAGCACUUUGACAAAAGUGAUCCAGGAUACGAGGUGGUGGAGGAUGCCAUCAUCACCAUGACAGCAGUGGCCUGGUACAUUAAUGACAUGAAGAGGAAACAGGAACAUGCAGUUAGACUCCAGGAGAUUGAGAGCUUGUUGCUAAACUGGACUGGUCCUGAUCUCAGUGGAUUUGGAGAGCUUGUUCUGGAAGGUUCCUUCCGGGUCCAGCGAGUUAAAAAGGAGAGGGCCUUCUUCCUCUUCGACAAAAUGCUGCUUAUUGCCAAAAAGAGGCUGGAUCAUUUCAUCUACAGUACACACAUUUUUUGCUGUAACUUGCUCCUGGUGGAAAACAUGAAGGAUCCUCUCUGCUUCAAGGUGUCAGAUCAGACAAUCCCCAAACAACAGCACAUUGUUCAGGCUAAAAACCAGGAGGAGAAGCGAUUGUGGCUGCACUACCUCAAGAGGCUAAUAGUGGAAAACCAUCCUGCAUCUCUACCCCAGAAGGCAAGGCAGGUUCUUGGUGAUACUUUUUGUCAAUCCCCUCAGUUUGAGCAAGAACCAAACCGAAAACCUGCUCCUUCUCCGCGGUUGGAUGAUGCUCAUGGAUUUCACAGAGGAAGAAGGCAAUCAGAACCUCCAGAGUUUAUCUAUACUCCUGAGAAGGCCAGAAAAAGCCUUCCAUUGCUUCUGGAAGGGAAUGUGACGUACCGCCGUGGGCGCAGACUGUCAGCCCCUGCCAAGGACAUAGAAGCAGCAUUUCAACAAAGUGUCUCCUUAAAGGCUGGCAGUGAGGGUGAGCUGUGCCCACAGCUCGACAGCUUGGGCUCGUCUGGCAGUACCAGUACACUCGCAUCAUCAGUUAUUGAGGUUGAUUCAGGCCGAGAUAACCUGAGUCUUGUUCAGGAUGAUUAUGAGGAUAUGGCCCCUCUCCCUUCACCACCAACAAUGUCUAUCACUGAGGAAAUCAUGCAGUUCAUCAACCAGAAUUGUGUACGAGAGGGCAUGGCAGAGCUAUCAGCUGAUGUGUUUGAGCCCAAGUCAGAGCCCUUGGACAUCCAGUCCGCUGAACCACAGGACCUAGAUGAACAUCAACAACCUCAGCUGGUAAAAGAGGAAGAUGCUCAACAAAGGAGUCCAGAGACCAAGCAAGCGCCAUUAGAUGUUAUAUCAGACAAAGAAGAUGACAAUGGACACUCUCCACUUAGUUUAGCAGCUGAUUUACCCUCUGAGUUGUCAUCAUCCUCAGCCUCUCAAAUGUCUGAACAUAAGAAUCAAAUGGAAGAGACAACACCCUCAGAGGACAACCAGAAUGACUCAUCUGAGCCAGAGGUAGUCAUAGUGACAGCCACACCAGAGGAGGCUGAGGGUCAAGCAGCUGAGGACACUAUUGCCAAAGAUGAAAUAGCUAAUGCAACACACAGCCAGGAAAAAGCCAUCCAAGACACGCCAGCUGAGCCACAGACUCUCUGUGAUCACCCCUCCACAACUAAAUCUGCAGAAAAUCCUCAGCCGUCUAAAGCAGAGGCUGAACAAAAGCUGACCAAAAGUGACAGGCAGAUAAUUGAAAAGAUUCGCAGCUACUACGAGGCAGCAGAGUCAGAAGCUGUGGUGGAGGAUGGGCAGAUGACACGAAGAAACAGCUUCUCUCAUAUCCCUGCAGGCUUGGUAAAAGAUUCUGUGUCGCGCUUCAAUGUCUUUGUACACCAGGACAGCCUGUGUGAUUCUGAGAGUGGACGCUCAGACUGCAAUGAGAGUGACAUCAUGUCCCCACCGUCCAGCUUGCCUGAUCAAAAUGAAAAGACUUCCAGUCAACCUGACUCUACCAGUGUUGCCUGUGCAGUUUCGCAAAGUAGCCAAGUACAAAGUCACAGUGAGUCUAAAUCUGAUGAUGAUGAACAAAUUUGUGACUUCAAACCCUGCAUGGAGCUGUGGAAGGAGAAGGAGAGGAAGGCUGAGAGUCUGAAAGCCUCUACCUGUAAGGAGGGUAGAUUGGCUGAGCGCAAAGAAGCAAGUGAAAUAGAACUGUCAUCCACAAAUGAUAAGAGGACUCACAUACUCAAUGAGCAGCCUUUACCUGAACAAGACCUUAAAACAGGCAGAGAGCCAAAAAGUCCUCAGGAAACAAAGAAGGUAGGCAAAUUACUUCAGUCUCCUACUGGGGCGAGAGACAAGAUUUCCUCUAAUGGUAAUCUAGAUGGCCUACCCAGUCAGAUCAAAUUGGGCCGGUUCUCUCGCCAUGGUAAGAUGGUCACCUGCAGUAGGACGCUUUACGAAGGGAUGGCUGAUGUACCUGGCCUAGAAUUCUUUGAAGGUGGGCCAGUGGGUCAGUGCGUAGUAGAGAACUCUGAAAAAAUCCUAAACAAGGUGCAGAUGCUAGCACGGAUGUAUACAGCCAAGGCAAGCAGUAUGAAGGUACCGUUACAUCAGAAAAGGACAUGGGGGCCAUGGGUAGGGCCCAAUAAAGCAAAUACCCCUCCCAAGUCUCAGCUACUUCUGCAUCAAGCAGAGGUCAAGACAGAAAAUCAACUCUCAGAUGUUCACAUAGAGUCUGUUGUUCCCUCUUCACCUGAGCCGUUUGGACAUGUCAUUGUUAGAGAGCAGCUGUCCACAACUUAUCACCAAGAAAAUGACUGUAACCUCUCUGGGAAAAAAGAGCAGGUUGUACAACUUGAAUCUGGUGCAAUAGAAAUGUCUUCAUCUGAAUCCUCCACAGUGUCUUCAUUAGAAGCAACAGAAGAAAAGCUGGCCAUAGAUUUGGGAGCUGUGAUAUCACAAAGUUCCUCAGAGAGCCCCUUACAAAAACAUGAAUUGAGCCCCACAGAACAAGCAAUGGUUUUCAAGGCAGACCAAGGCCCAUCACCUCCACUGAGCUCUGAUUCACAAGCACAAGUUGUGCCAGAACCGUCAUUUGAUCAGUGUGACUUUCUGCCCGAACAGAAGACUAACCAUACUUUAUAUUCAAUCACUGAAGACCAUUCGGUAGCAAUAGAAAAACCCAUGUAUGUGAAAGAAGACGGACAUCAAAGACAAUUACCACCUGACAAACCAGCGAUGUCUUGCUAUUCUGACUCUAAGGAUGAAUGCUUUACUGAUCCAGUAGCAGCUCAGUGCCUCAAAGAAGAAACCAACAGUGCCAAAGAUAAAAACAACUCAAGUUUAAAGCCCUGUGAAACUAUACUCUCCAGUGAUGAGAAAGUGAAUGAAACGCAGCUGCAGACAUCGGUAAAUUCCAUUGAUUAUCCAGUUUCUUGCACAGAGGACUGCACGCCUAACGUAUCUCAAUCCUCUGUUGACGUUAAUGAGGCAUCUCUUGCCAUAGUGCCAUCACCAUACUUGAACAACUGUGCCUCAGAAAUAACAAGCAACAGCGAACUCCAAAUAUCACUGGAGGUAUCCGAGCAGUCAUUUUCCUCACAGCUCCAGUCUCAGCCCUCACCUACACCAAGCUUUACAAAUGUGCCAUCUCCACUUGAACCAGGAGGCAUGCAAAACCCAGAGCCUUUGAAAGGCAAGGAGGCAUUAAACAACGGUUUAUCUGUCUUGAGCCCUCCUCCUACACCUCCUCUUUGUGGACCUACCACAGAUAAUCUUCCAAAGUUCACCAGCCAAAGACCUGACAAUCUGCCAACUGCCAUGGGAAGAAGAAACGUUCCUGCUAAUUGGAACACAUCAACUGUUACGUCUUCCCAAAGACUACCACAGAGUGAGCCCUGGUCCAAGGAGCAGGAUCAGGACACAUCAUCAGCUUCUCUGAUCUCUUCUUUCUCUGAUCCAUCAUUCAGCAAUACGUCUUCAGGCAUUCCUUCAGGUUGUUCUUCAGAAACUAAACGACCAUCUGCCUUUAGUACGAGCCUUCGGAUACGCUCGCCGUCCCCCAUUAGAGGCUCUCAAAAUCUCAGCUCCUCUGCAGCUGCUUCUGCCCUUGCCAAGUCACUUGCUGCCUCUUGUAUCAGUCAGACAAUCUCUCAAAGCAUGGCCAAAAGGAAUGCUCGCAUUCAGGCUACCUCUCCUUCUUGCAGUUCCCCUCCUUCCCCCGCAUCUGCUUUGAGACUGAGGUCUCCCUCCCCCAAAGCAGUUACUCUGGACUCAUGUGUACCAUCUGAUACUGGCAGCAUAGGCUUGUCUGGGAUGGGAAGCCAAAUUCCAAAGUGUCCCCCUUCCCCAUUCCGCUCAAACAGUCUGCGAUCCAGCCCAGCAACUGUACAGUCCCCACCUCCUUAUCGCAGCCAUCGAUCAAUGUCACCAGCUCUCCCUGCCAACUUCCACUCAGUACCCUCUGCUGCACACACAAGGUCAGAUAACUUUGAACCAUCUCCACAUACUAGUUUGAAUGGCAAUAACAAUAACAAUAACAGUCUUUGCAGUAAUGGAUGGGCUGGCAAUCACAAAAAGCCAUCAUUAUCAAAUAUAGGAGGCACUCCUCAGCUCCCUGAUACCCAGAGAGGAGCCUCUCACAACAGAAUUGCUCGACCAUUCCUAUCCUCCGAGCCUAACUCUCGUGUGCAGUCACCCUCACCUUCCCCUUCGCCAUCUCCUUUUACCCGAAUUUGCUCCCCACCUCUUGUCCAAAGCAGUACAGGUCCAUUGACAACCAAGCCUCCGAAUCCACGGACCCCCAGGCAAGGUGUGGCCAGCCCCUUUACACCUCUUUGUUUAGAGUUUUCAAGAACAAAUUCAGCUUGCUCUUUGUCUCCAUGCCCAAGUCCAAGGGUCACCUCCCCACCUCCUAUAGGAAUUCCUACAAAUGUUUACUGCAUUGCAAGCCCUCAGCCAAGGAACCCAUCAACAGUGACACCUUCCUCCCCAACAAGAACAGAAGCAAGUUCUUCUUCAAGAGGCUCCAGAGUCAUUUCUCCAUGUUCAGCAUCUUCUUUGUCCUCCUCUCAGAACCAGCGGAGAUCAAGAGGCAGCAGUUUACCAUUUGUGAGCCUGGCAGGCAGACCACCCAGCCCCUCCAGGAAUGAGCACAGGUCUUGGGCUGAGAAUGGACGAUGGUCAGUAGACAUAGAGUCAAACACAACUAGCCCUCGUGGACGGUCCUACAAUGGCACCCCUACAUGUGUCAGUCCAGGACCUCAGUCUCCUGUCAGGCUGACAGUUGGGAAGACUAACCAUGGAGGAAAGCACUUGACAAGCAUUGCCUGGCCAGAUGUGCAUGAACUGCUGACCAAGUAUAAUCCAGAGGACAAUUCUGAAUGUGACAUGUUAACCUCUUCACUGUGCCCCGAAUCUGGACAGGAGGACUCCGAAUUAGGAAAGGCUACUUGCCGAAGUAGCCUUAUUUGUGCCUAUGUGGCUCGGACCCCUCCUGUACCUGAAAGAGACACUCUUAGUCAGUGCUCAGAAGAAGGUAAAAGAGAGGACAGUGUGCCAUUACAGGGGAAUAAGACUUUAAAAACCAGCUAUGCAACCACUGUCAACCUGCAGAUUGCUGGGAGUGGGAGAAUUACGUCAUUUAGUAAUGCACAGGUUAGCCUUACUCAGACCCUGGCACCAGUGACAGACACCCAGGGCAUAAGAAGGGUCAGCAUAAAUGGCUGCAGCCUCUCACUGCCGAACUGCAAGAGGCUCUAAGUGGAACUCCUCUAAGGCCUAUUUGCGGAGCCUCUUGCUUUAAUGACACUUUAACAGGCACUUUAGCAUGUAGCAAAGGAGGCAGAUAAAGAUCCAGGUCCAACUCACUGAGCUGUAAUGAAAAUGUACGGGUUUCGAAACAAUUAUGCUAAUGAUCAGUGAUCAUUUCAACUCCUUACUUGCAAACGGUGCUUUAAAUACAACUUAUGUGUGGAUUACUUCUUAACCAGAAUUUCUGAAAAUUCCCACCAGUGAAAGGACUUGUAUUUAGCAGUGUUAUUUUAUUGCUUGUUUUUCAUAUAAGUGUACAAUAUUCUAAUUCCUUGUUUGUAAUUGAACCAAAGUUCCUGUCACUAAAAGCUUUUUCAUUGGUUGUGAUAGACAAUACUCUUAUUUAUGAAGUUGUCUUUUUAUGGCACUUAAUUUUUUUCUCUCUGUUUUGCACAUUUUCUCAUAUGUGGACCAGACGUGUCUGUAAAAUUAUUGGAUUUCAGACAAAAUACUUUCGUGUAUGUGAAGAAAGGUUAAUUUACAUUAAUUUUUUGAGGUGUCUAUGUGUCAAAAUACCAUUGUUUUUGGAAACAAGGGAAGGUAGAGAGAAGCUGCUUUUAUCAAUAUUAAUCAAAAAAGAUACAUUCCAUCCAUCCAUCCAUUCUAAAUUCAUACUGCAAAGUCAUUAUGAAUGUAUUCAUACUGGCUACAGAAUGAGUCCAUACAGCACAAGUCAAUCCAUCAUACACUUACAGAGCACUUUAGUUGGCUAAUACAUAUUAUGUUAAUGGUAAAGUGGACUCUUGUUUAAGGUUACCAACAUUUCUUUAUAAUCAACUCCAGUGAAUUUUGUGGGCACAGCAUCUCGAGAUAAUUGAAACUUUAGCCACAUUAGGCAUCUGCUCACAUACACAAGAAAGCAAGAAUUUAAACAGCAAAACAAAGGAAAAUAUUAUAUAAUAUAAGAAGCAGGUUAUUUAACAAAUGCAGUAAAUAUAACUGCAACCAACACAGAUCAAUCCACCACAGCCUUAAAGCAGUAAGGAUAACCAAAUCAAUUUAUGGCAUUAAAUAAUGUAUUGUUCUUUACAAUGUGCCAUGAUUGUCAAACCAUGUGAAUACACCUUAUAAUAAUAAUUUCCACCAUGACUAUUUUUAUCUUAAUAA